UUCCGCUUUGCGCAUUUUUCCGUGGCGUUUGUUAUUAUUCUUUUGUGUGACGAAGCAACCGUAGCAUUUUAGUAACAUUCAAUUAAGUAUAUUUAUUAUGUUGUUCAAUAAUUUCCGUUAAUAAUAUGUUAAAAUAAUCAGUAUUUCGCGUUCUACGCCUACGUGUAUUAGUGUGUUCAGUUUCGUUUUUUGUGCAAGUUUAAAUUUGUAUGUGUAGUGUUAUAUCUCAGUUUAUAUGUAUGUAAGCUUGUGUAUGUGAGCGGAGGAAGCUCCAGAGCCGCGGAAGUAACAAGAAAUCCAAAUGAAAACGCAAAAAAUAUAUUGCAUAUGAAAAUUGACGCAAUAGAACUCGACGACAAUUUUUAGCGAGUACGAAAAAUCCAGAAUUGAGCUACUAGCUGGUUGCGGGCGAGGACUCUGAGUGGACAAUGUCGAAUCAGGCGCAAAUCGACUAUGACAGGCAAUUCCAGGAGGACCUGGCCAAGGCAACGGCACUCAGUCUGGAACAGCAGGCACUCGACGACUACAGGCGAAAUAAGAAAUACGGCACUGGCUAUCAAACAGUAAGCGCCGACUACUACAGUCAACAGCAGCAGCAGCAGCAACAGCAACAACGAAGUCAUGGUGCAGUGCAGCGACGGCACUCGGAGGUGCAUCAGGCGAGCUCGUCGUAUAGCAGCAGCGCGGGCCGGGCAAACACGCCGCCGGCUCAGACCAACAAUGGCAAUGGGGAUAAUGACCUGAUCUGCUUUGCCAGUCCCACGACCAAGCAGCCGACGUCGGAAAGCGGCAGCUCCUUCGAGCGGCUAAUUGAGGAUCUGCAGCGCCUGCAGACCAAUAGUCCGCAAACGGCAUUGGUGCCGGUGGGUCCCGUGGCGGCUGCAACGCCAAUGCCCGUGCAGUACGCAGCACCACCGUACGGUGUCCCACCACUAGGAGAGGCAGGCGGCGUUGGCAUGCAGCUGGUGCCUUAUCAGGCGCCGCCGCAACAGCCACAACAGCGACCGCUGAACAACGAAGAGCUGCAGCGCCUCUACAGCAUGCCCAACCACUUGGCACUGCAGCCCGUUGUCCCGGUCCGGCCAGCUGGCUUCGUGUACUAUCCAACGUUCUCUGCACCAGUUGUGCCCGGCUCGGCUGCCUAUUUGCCGCCGCAGUAUCCAUCGCAGGCCUAUGGCUAUGGGUAUGCGUUGAGCAACGGCGGCAGCUCGCACGUGGACUUUGUGCGUCCGCACAGCAGUCCAGCAACGGCAGGAAUACCAACUCCAGUACCAGCGCCAUCAUCCAGCCACUCUGUUCCACAUUCCGGCGCAACAACGCCAGCGGCGUUCAAUGUGCAACGGGCCACGCCUCCCGUUGGCAGCUGCCCUUCCGUUGGACCCGCGCUGCCAGCUCAGCGCAGCGGCAACGAUUUGAUCGAUUUGAACAAGGAUGAUUAUUCCCGAGUGAGUGUUCUGGAGGCAUUCGAUCCGCUGCUGAAUGAGAAUUCUGGCAACGACGGCGCCUCCGACUGCACUUCCUACUACGCGGACUACGAUCCGUUCGACUUCCUCUAUAGCGGCGACAAUGGCACUCAGUACUCGGACCCCAUGUACGAGGCGGUCAACAGGUGGGACAAGAGCGCCGUUAAUAGCGGCAGCGUUAGCUCGAUUGGCUGGCGACAGGACUACCUCACGCAGCCCUCUCACUCCCACUCGCCGCCACUCUCAUUACAAGCAUCAGCAGCAGCUGUUGCUUCAGCCGCGUCGACAUCUGCGCAAGCAGACAGCAGAUCCAACACGGGCUCUGUAUCGCCGCCGCCGCCGUUGCCGCCACGAAACCAGCAGCUUUAUGAGACAGGCGCCACAACUUCGACCAUUUCGCAAACUUCAUCCAAGCCGCAUCAGCUGGCGCCGUUCACAGACAGCUACACCAACAGCAUACCAGCGCACGUCGUGCUAGAUCGUCGGAAAAAUUUCACGCGCCUCUACCAGCUAAUCAGUGAGCAGCGCUCGGACGAUUCCGAACUCCUGGAGUUCUAUCAUAUGGUGCGCGAGCUACGAGCCAGCUAUAGGCACGAUGACAAAAAGACAAAUGUGGGACACAUCAUAGCCGCCGAGUUCAACUAUCACUACAUGAUGGACACCAGCAUCAAGGUCAUUGUGCAUCCGGCUGUGAAUACGCUACAGCCGCACGCUCUGUCCAGUUCGUUGGCUGGCGAACAGGUCAAGGGCUAUGGCACGCCAGUUACCUUCACCUGUGACAUUGACUCGGUCGUGGCUCAGGUGGUGGCGCAGGCGUUGGCCUCGCUGGAGGGUCAGGUCCAGGGCACAGUGACGGACUAUGCGGUCAAGCCCAUUGGUCUGCUGGAGUGGCUGGCGCCCACUUCGAAGCUGAGUCAGCUGGAGUGUGUGCACAACAGCUUCCAGCUGGAGAAAGACGUGCACUUGGGCCUGUGCUUGCGCACCGCUGCCAAUAUGGAGGCGAUUGCGCGCACUGAACAGGACGACGAGAACGACGCCGAUCUGCAGCCGGAGCAAGUGCUGCCCAAUGAAGUGGUGCCCAUUGUCACUUACGACAACAUGAUGAUACUCAUUGAGACGCUCGAAACGGAAAUCGAUAAGCUCGAAUCGUCGGCAGACGGUGCGCCGUCCGGCCGCAGCAUUGUCAGCUGCUCGGGCGUGGUUCAAGCUGUCAAAGCAAUUUGUGCGUUGCUUGGCUCCAUUGACACGUUGGAGAUCGCCCGUUGUAUUUCGGACUUGAGGCGCAUAUGCGAGGAGGCUCAGACCAAGUAUGCACCCCUGGCGGGCUCGAACAAUCCAGAGAUUAUCAGUGACUAUGGCGAAUAUGCCCAAGUGACGCUGCGACCGCGCUCCAUGCUUGAGCAAAUCAAAUUAAAGUGCAAUAGCUUGCGUGAUGCUGUCCAGGAGCUUAUCGAACUGUACGCCAAUGUGUUUCGCGUUGCCUUCUCGGUGAAGACCCCUGACUAUACCACAACGCCCAUACCCGUCUCGUGUGUGUCCAAGCCGAUUGUGGUGAGCAUCAAUUGCCUGCACAGACCGCCGCCGAACUGGAAAUACGACGAUUACUCGCUCUGCGUGCAGCUUGUCUAUGGUACGCGCCUGUUGUCCAAUCCGAAUGUGUUGAGCUGUUCCAAUGAUACGUCCGGCGGCCUGUUUCCCCGGCUGAACUUCAGCGCUUGGCUCACCUUUGACCAGCAUCCAAUCUGCACGCUGCCACGGGAGGCGCGUCUCACGUUUGUGCUCUACGGCAAGCAGGCGGCUAGCGAGAAUGAACCGAAUGCGGAGCCGAAUGGCGAGCGGCGACAGGUGACGACGGAGCUGGGCUGGUGCUCCAUACAGCUGUUUGACUUUAAGCGCACAAUGAUCUGUGGCCCCUAUUUGCUGUCCGUUUGGCCACCGACCACUGAUAAAAUGCUGGGACCAGCUCCAGCGCGUGGCUGUCAUCCGCACCCCGACUUCUGCCCGGUGCUCAGCAUUGAAGUGCCGCCCUAUGGCGGACGCAUUGAGUUCCCUGAACAUCAGGAGGCACCUAAGCCUGCUCCACAUUAUGACUUUGCCUCGUUGGACGCUAAUCUGCAGGAGGAGCUGCUGAAUACAGCCGAGCUUGGCUACUCAGGCGCAACGGAGCGCCGCGAGGUGUUCUGGGAGAAGCGUCUCUACUUGCAGAACUACCCAAAUGCGUUGCCCAAGGUUCUGCAUGCAGCGCAUAGCUGGGAUUAUGCCAACCUGAUUGACCUGCAUUCCUUGCUGCAUUCCUGGGCACCUCUGUCGCCGCUGCAGGCAUUGGAACUGCUGCUGCCCCGCUAUCCGGAUGCCAAAGUGCGCGAGAAGGCUGUCGAGUGGAUCUCACACAUGCCCAACGAUCAGCUCGUAGAUUUUUUGCCGCAGCUGGUGCAAUCGCUGAAGCACGACACGUACGAGGCUUCGGCACUUUCGCGUUUCCUGCUUGCGAAGUGUUUGGAGUCGCCGCGCUUUGCCCAUCACAUGUACUGGCUGCUGGUGCACAGUCUGCCCGAUGAUCCGCUCAACUCGAUUGGGGCCUCACUGGUGGAUCAGGAAUACGACGAGUCGCAAAUCACACAGGCUCGCUACUAUCGUCGCAACAAAAUGAUGCUGCGCGCCCUCAUGGCCAUCUGUGGCGAGAAGCUGCUCAAGCGUUUCAUGUAUCAGCAUCGCAUGUGUCAAAAUCUGUCCAAGAUCGCGGAGUCCGUUAAGGAAGCUAAAGAGUCGAUGCGUCAAAAGAGUCUGGUCGCAGGCAUGGAUGAAGUGCAUCAAGAUUUGCUAGAGAAGCCCACCUGCCUGCCUCUGGGUCCUGAGCUGGAGGUAUCAGGUGUUAAUGUGCGCAACUGCAGCUACUUCAACUCCAAUACGCUGCCACUAAAAAUCACCUUUGUGGGGCCAGAUGCUGAGCCCUUACCAGCUAUUUUUAAGUGUGGAGAUGACUUGCAACAGGAUAUGCUGACGAUCCAGCUGAUACGUAUCAUGAAUAAGAUGUGGCUAGCCGAACGCUUGGAUCUCAAGAUGGUUACGUUUAAUUGUGUGCCCACUGGGUACAAGCGCGGCAUGAUCGAACUGGUGUCAGAAGCCGAAACACUACGGAAAAUCCAGGUCGAAUGCGGUCUUACAGGCUCCUUUAAAGAUCGACCCAUUGCCGAAUGGCUUGGCAAACAGAAUCCGAGUCCGUUGGAGUAUCAAAGUGCAGUGCGUAACUUCACACUCUCCUGCGCUGGCUACAGCGUGGCGACUUACGUGCUGGGCAUCUGCGAUCGACACAAUGACAACAUAAUGCUUAAGACCUCGGGACAUCUAUUCCACAUCGAUUUUGGCAAGUUUCUGGGCGAUGCUCAAAUGUUUGGUAAUUUCAAAAGAGAUCGCACGCCUUUUGUGCUCACCUCGGAUAUGGCAUAUGUCAUCAAUGGCGGUGACAAACCGUCCACCGACUUUCACUACUUCGUUGAUCUCUGCUGCCGUGCCUUUAACAUUGUCCGCAAGAACGCCGACCUGCUGCUGCAUACGCUUGCGCACAUGGCCACGGCGGGCAUGCCGGGCGUGAACUCAAAUGCGGUCACCUAUGUGCGUCGCGCACUGCUGCCCUCACAGUCGAAUCCCGAGGCGGCGGCCACCUUCGCCAAGAUGAUACAAUCCUCGCUAAAGAGCUGGUUCACUCAAUUCAAUUUCUUUCUGCACAACCUAGCGCAGAUGCGCUUCAACAAUGACGAAGGCUCGGGCGAGCUUCUAUCCUUUGUGCCCCGCAAAUACACCAUGCAGCAGGAUGGCCGGUUGAAGAUUGUCAAAGUAGUGCGAUUCCAGAAGCAUUACAGCAUGGAGAAGUAUUAUAUGUACAUUCUGCAAGUCACACGCCACGGACAACUGGAUCCAACCCAUCUGUUUCGCUCGUAUCGCGAGUUCACCGAGUUCCAUCAAAAGUUGUGCAUGCACUUUCCACUGGUCAAGCUCCACAGCUUACCAACGGGCGUCCAUGUGGGUCGAUCCAAUAUUAAAUCUGUGGCCGAGAAGCGCCUACCUCUGAUACAGCGUUUCCUGAAAUCGCUUUUCGAUGCACCCGAAGAAAUUGCGCACUCCGAUUUGGUAUACACAUUCUUCCAUCCGCUGCUGCGCGACCAGCAGGAGGCCAAGUUGGAGAUGCCCAAGAUAAAAGAGGUGAAGCGUCAGCCGUCGCGGGAUAAUCAUAAUGAAAUUGGCCAGAUACGUCUUUCGCUGCAAUAUCAACGCGGCGUGUUAACUGUGAUGAUACACCACGCCAAAGGACUGCCCAUGCUGCAGGGUGGCCAGGAGCCGAACACCUAUGUCAAAUGCUACCUGAAACCAGAUCCAACUAAAGUGACCAAGCGCAAGACCAAAGUUGUGCGCAAAACUUGUGUGCCUAGCUUCAUGGAGACGUUGGAGUACCGCAUGCCACUGGAGAUUGUGCAGCAGCGCCGGCUGCAGGUGACUGUCUGGUCACAUGAUACGCUGCAGGAGAACGAGCUGCUUGGCGGCUUCGAGUUGGACCUGUCCAAGCACGAUUUGCGUCAGGAGCUCUGCGACUGGCAUCGCUUGGGAUCGGUGCCUAGGAAUUGAAUGAUGUCUGCUGGCGUUCACGGAACGACAAUCUGACCUAGUUCUAAACACGCACACACUCACUCAAUCACACACACACACACACACACACACACACACACAUUUAUACACUUAUAUGUUUGUGCCUGUCUCUUUAACGCAAUAAUACUUACAUACUCAA